CCGCGAAUUUGGUGGCAAAGAUGGCGUCAGCCAUCUGUUGGCGUCACCCUUGUGAGAUUCUCGUGCAGUACUGCUCGCAAGAGCCCAUUCUCCUGCAAGCAUUUGCCGAGUCGCACAUCCGAGCGGUCUAUGCGGUGCUCCAGGAGGCGUACCCGCAACUACCGCCCCGUACGCACAAUAACAACACCCAUCCCUCCGCUGGAGGUGGCCCUGAUGUGCUGCUUGCCUUCCGCUUGUGUGUCGGUGUGUAUCUGCAGAGUCUGAUGCAACGGUCCUACAGAUGGCGCAGUCCAUCAGCCAGUACUUCCGCUCUCAGCCACUGAUGGCCGGCUCCCACCUGCCACAGCCCUCCCCAUCGCCACCUGCCCCUCUCCCGCAACACCCACGCCCCUCGCAGUCGCCAGAGGGCCAUCACGGCAGGCCAAUGCCGUCCGGCCACCACCCACCAGACAUGACAUCCGAGCAGCAGGACCUGGAUCGUCUGAGCGACGAGUACUAUCGUCAGCUGCUGGCCGGUGGCGAGUUCCCGAGGCGGCAGCAGCCCUUCGAAGAGCCGGUGCAGCACAUGCAGAUCUUCAAGGUCACCCUGCCGCGGCCUGAGGAAGUGCCCCAGGCCGCCCAGCACUUUCGUGUGUGUACGGUCCGCUGGUGGGUGGACGGGGCGCUGCUGAGCUAUGUGAAGGGGAGCGGCCAGCAGAACAAUCGUCCCUUUGACUUUUGUGUGCGGCUGGUGAACCAGCACGGCAUCGACAUCCGAUGGCUACAGAGCAAGUGGUACCUCCAGCCGAGCGGCAAAGAGGGCGAAAUGGCCAGUAAGCGAACGAAUGAAUGCGUGUGGGAAGACAGAGGGACCGAAGGAAACGGAAUAGCACAUUGACUGACACCGCCGGCAGGGUGACUGUGUCUGUCUGUCUGUCUGUCUGUUUGCAUGGCCCAUGUGCGUGCAGGUGGUGCCUUCCGGGACCGUGCACGUUGGUGCAAGGAUGAGCACAGGCAGCUGUGCUCCUAUGGCGAGUCGAUACCCAUCACCGACUGCCUGCACGGCGACGGUAUGUCACUCCGUCUGUCAGAGUCACCCACUUGGUCUGUGUAAGCGACACGCCUUCAAAUUGCCUGUUGUUAAGUGCAGCGUUGAACGAGUUCACUCUCGUUGCGUCCAAGCAGUGCCUGGCAUUCAAGACCACCUACCUGCCACAAGAGACCGGCAAGGUCACACGGAAACCACACCUGCCGUCCGCAUGUAUUCUUCUUCUCUGUCUGGCUGUCUGUCUGUCUGUUUCCGUGGGCGUGGUGUGUGCAGGUCGACGAUUCCCGUGAGGCGUUCCUGGUGCUGCAGCUGGUGAGGUAUCGGCAUCUGCGGGAGCUCGAGGAGGUGCUGAGCUCGCGCAUCGAGCGCAGGCCCUUCGGCAACCGCAAUGGUGUGGAGGAGGCCGACGGGGCGGGGCGUGUGGUGGUGUCACUCAAGGACGUCUUCUCGAGGACGGACCGAAUCAAGAUACCCGCAAAGGCGAGCCAACCAUACAGUGGAUGGAUGGAUGGCUGGCUGGCUGUGUAUUCCAUGCGUCGCGUGUGUGCAUUGCAGGGGCGGCGUUGUCGUCACGAGCAGUGCUAUGAGCUGUCGUGUUUCCUCUAUCCCAGGGUAAGGCGUGAAUGACAGACAGACGUGGGCCGGCACUCUGAUAUGUCUGUCUUACUGCCUGGUCGGUCCCACACAGCGGCGGGCGUACAUAUGGCACUGUCCCAUCUGCAAAUCCCCACUCCCCUUCUCAGACCGUGAGUGAGCCGGAUGGGCUAACGCCAGCCACUGCUGGUUGCUCCAUGGGUAGGUACCUUUGGGAUUGUGUGUGUCUGUGCUGAUGGACAAAUGAAUGCAGUUAUGGUCGACGAGGCGAUGCAUGACGUCCUCCUGCAGACCAGCCAAGACACAGAGGAGGUACAUACCAGCCACAAACAUGACCGUCCCCUCGAUGUCUGCCCCCUCUCUGUCUGUCGUGUGUCCAGAUAUGCGUCAAUCCCGAUGGCAGCUGGGAGGCCGUCAGAGCUCAGCCCACCACCAGUGGACGCCCCCAGUCCGUCAGCGGCGACGGGGGCACGCCAACCGCGGACCAACAGACGGUAUCAGCUGCUGAUGACAUCAAUACCGACGCGGGGCGGCCUCACAAGAGACAGCGGGCUGACCGCCAUAUGACCAUCGCUGUGCCGGACGGACCCACCGACGACGCUCUAUUCGGUAGGCGGCGGGCGGGCGGGCAAGCCACCCAAACAUGGCCAAACACGCAGUGGCAAUUUUCUAUAUGUGGUGCGUUUGUGUCGGUGUCUGCUGGCAGCUCCCCCGCCCCCUCGCACCGUUGUCAAGAUGGAAGACACCGGAGACUGACUGACUGACUGAAGCAAGCGACGAGCGAGGACCAGACAGACAGACAGACAGAGAGAGGCGGCCAAAGGGCGUCUCGUCUUGAGGGCUGGAUGAGUAUUUGUCUGCCCGUAGACAGACGAAUCAAUAAGGGAGGGCGGCAUCUGUCAGACCCCGGCUCACUUUUGUGUGGGUCUGUCUGUCUGUCCGUACGUGAGUCGAUCGAGUGCACAUAGCCUUAAUUAAUUGUCGUAUGUAUCUACACCCAGCUGUACGUACGUCUGUCAAUCUGUGUGUGACUAAACUGUGUAAGCACACCUCUGGCCGUUGUGCUUUUUUUUUCCAGAGGCAAGGAAUUGGAUGUCUCACAUUGAAUUGGGAUGGAAUUAGGAGGCGUGUCUGUGAGACAUCCAUCCAUCCAUCCAUUCAUCCAUCCAUCCAUGUGUCUGUCUGAGCUGCACUCAUGCCUACCCUUUGGCCGCCUCCUGGAGCAGCUUGUCAUGCCACUGCCUCUGAAUGGAUGGAUGGUCGUGUGAGAACGAACUUAUCAACUGACUACCACACACUCACACACAAGCCUUCAUAAACCCUUCCCUCCCUCUCUGCGCGUGGACCCCGGUGGACAUGAGCCUGUGUGUAAGUGUGUCUGUCUGUC